GUACACAAUAAAAAAAAUCCUAAAAUAAAAAUGUCGAAAUAUGACGCAGAAUAAAAAAGUGAUAGAACAAAGUUAUUUUCCGCUAAAAACAAUCGAAAAUGUCGUAAAUUUGUUCAGGCACCAGCUGGAAAGCGACCAAGAUGAGCCAGAUUUGACGCUGUUGUCGCUCGUGGCGGGUUUCAUCGAAAAUUAUCUCGCCACAGACCAGAAAAUCGAGGAAUUUCCCAUCAUAAAUUACGGCGACAUUGCCUCGCUCUACAAGAAAUUCCAGCAAAUUUUGUCGUCAGUCGAGCCCGCGGCACGGGGCACGACCAAAAAUGCCUUUGCGACGCGCGAAAUCAUCAAAAAAGUCAGCGAUAUCAUCUGGAACAGUCUCGUACGAUGGAACAAGAAAAGCGAUCGCGCUCAUUUACAAAGUUUGUAUACAUUUCUGAACGGCAACAAGCUCGAUUGUUUCGGGACGGCGUUCGCCGUUGUCGCGGGAUGCCAAAUGCUCGGGUACAAAGAUGUUCAUUUGGCCAUCAGUGAGGACCAUGUUUGGGUGGUGUUUGGCAAAACGGGCGAGGAAACGAUCGAAGUUACGUGGCACGGCAAAGUUUUCGAAGAUAAACGCGGAAGCAGCGUCGGGCCCGGGAUCGAGAUGCAAACAUGGAAAUAUGUGAAUGGGAAUGCCGUGAUAUGUGAUAGAAAAAUGGAAGUGGCAGCGAUUGUGUCGAGCAUAAAUCCGAGUUUGAGUGCGUCGACGAUGUGUGUCGAGCUUGCCGACUUGCAACAAAGACUUUUGUGGCUGUUGUACGAUCAGAAUGUAUUAAAGUACUAUCCAAGUGGCUUAGGAUGUCUGGGUGAGCUGGAAGAAGUUUCGCCGACGCCGGGACGUCAAACGUGCGAAGAGCUGUACCAUGAAUCUAUCGCAACUGCUCGAAAAAUGUACAAAAAUCAUCAUGUGUAUCCCUAUUGCUAUGCGGGCAGCUACUAUUUCCGCCAGUCAAACUUCAAAAUGGCUCUUAAGUCGUGGGCGGAUGCUGCGGAAGUGAUUCGAUUUUACAACUACCAUCGUGACGAUGAGGAAAUUUAUAAGGAAUUCUUGGAAAUCGCGAAUGAGCACAUUCCAUACAUCAUGAAACAGGAAAGUUCGGGGCAUUCAGCGCACAGUAUUCUCAGAUCAGCACAGUCUUUUGGUGAUUUAUUGAGGUUCUACGACGGCAUCUGUCAAUGGGAAGAGGGAAGUUUAACGCCCAUCCUUCACAUUGGUUGGGCCAAGCCUCUCGUGAACAACAUUUCCAAGUUCGAGUACGACGUUCGAUCGCAGCUAACGAUCAAAGUGGCCGAUUUCGACGAACAAAAGCUCGAAGGAGGUGUCAGUCCACGUAGCGAGAACAACAAUAACAACAACAACAACAACAUCGUCAAAGCUGAUCAUGAUGCCACGACUACAAAAGAUGCAAAAGACGAUAAAUUGAGCAGUAUUGUAGCGGCAUGCGGCGAAAAAAUACUAAAUCCCGAGUUUUUGUUGCAAGGCGGCGGAAAACUCUUCACCGAUGGCAAGGGAGACGAAAGUGUGAACAACGUAAAAAACGAGGCGAAGAAAAAUGGCGAUGAAAAAACGACAACCGCAGUGAAAGAUGAAGCGAAAGAAGUAAUUCAAAAGGAAACGGAGCCCAUGAAGCCUCUCGAACCGGAAGUUUGUCUCUUUAGUCAGAAGAUGAAGGGACUGCGGGAGAUAUUUUUGGCGGAAAAAUUAAACACAAACGCAAUUUCGCUGCAAAUAACGGCACAAAGUCAGGUAAGUGCGAAGAAACCGCGCGGCAGUGGUUGCUACGGCAGCGAAUUCGACUUGACGAGUCGACCAAAAAGGGCGCGACGAGACUAAAAAUCUCGCAAAUCAAUCAAAACUUUAAUUUUUUUUCUAGUAGCGUAAGGAAUUAUUUAUUAUUCUUUGUCGUCUUUAUUCAAUUUUUAAAUUAUUAUUCGAAUAAUGUUGGAGACGAGGCUUACUUGGAGCUUCGUACGUAGAAAAAAUAACUUUUAAGGAUCAAUAGACAUUAAAAACUCUAAAUAUUUAAAUUAUAAGGAGAUACAUCACAGAAGUUAAGAAGUAAAAAGGCUGUAAUCGCAUAAUCGUAUGCAAUAGGGCUGCGAUUUAAAACAAGAAAAUUAAGUACUAAUAAUUAUAAGACAAAAAAAAAAUUAAAAAAAAAACAAGCAGAGCUAAAAAGUAAGGAAAACGGAAUGUGGUGCUAUGUCAGAUGUCACUUUUGAUGUCACGGAAAAGUUAGUUAUGCUUGGCUGCGAUGAUAAGUGAAACUAAAAGGCGCUUUUUUGUAGGAUUUAAGGAUGAAUUAAUGAGAAAAAACUAAUCAAAUGACGAGUAAAUAAUGAGAUUGUUGAGAAAAUGUGUUGAUUCGAAUAGAUUGUUUGUUUGUUCGUACAGAAUUUUGAAUUGUUAUUGUUGUUGUUUCGUUUUUUUUUAAAUUAUUUUUGGCAUGAGAAGC